AUGGCUUCAUCUGCGAGUGCUCAGGCUGUUGAAAACAUCAUUGCUUACAAGUUUCAAUCGAAACAUGAUUUUCUGCCGAAAGCGUUGACUGCAGCUGGAGCUGUAGAGGAGGAUUGGGAUGCUUUCGAAGCAGGAAUCACAAGAGCUUACGCUAGUGAUUUCAAGAGCAAAGUGUCUAGCAAUGAACAGCGCGCGUUUGUUGCGAGACAAACGGGUAUCAGCAGACACAUCAGGUUCAACGAGAGAGAAGGCGCGCAGUCACCAAGUGUUCUCGCCAAAGCCGUCAACGCAAUCAUAGGAGUCGUCUUCCUUGAUUGUGGGGGAGACAUCAACGUCGUUCUCAGGACAAUGCGACACCUCGGGUUGUUCACUUGUGCUGGCCAAUCGAUAGAUCCGACACUUCUUUCUCUGGACGAGUUCUCCGAGUCGAUUGACGUAGCUUCCCUCGCACGAUCUUUGUUCAGGGCCGAUGGGGGCAGGUACUCGCCAUCGAUUACAAGCAGCAAUGAUCAGAAUACAUCUAUGUCCUCUUCAAUCACCCUUCCGAGAACAACGGGUCUUCUGCCAGGGUUCGAAAAUGGUGCUGGGCCCUCAUCAAAUCCGGAUGAUUAUUCAUACUUGACUGGGGAGUUGAACGUAGAUUCCAUAGAAGAUCGCUCACCCAACAACAACUUGCAAAUCGUACGUCCCGUGGCAAAUGGCGGGGACGACGCCUCGUGGUGCGACACGAACAGUACUGCACGUCGACCACAGAAGCCUCCAGAAAAACAAUCUAGGGUGCAUUGGGAUGAGUCUGGUCAGAGAAAGAAGCGUCGAGAAUGCAGUACCCGCGCAAGGGUUGACGGCUCUGGGUCACAUUUGGAUGAGGAAGUUCGAAAGUGUCAAGUCUUUGGGGUCCGACCCCCGCAAGACACAUUCCUUACUCUUGAUGUACAGGAGAAAGUCCAAGAGCUCGGGAAGGAAAAGACUGAAGUGCUUACAAAGAUUCUGGUGCAUAUUGCCAGUCCUUGCCUGAUAGGUGGAUUGCAGGAGAUUUUGGAAUCAUGCAGGACCCAGAAGAGGUGCCCGGCGUUGGAAACUACGAGCCCGCUCUCGACAGCAAAGAGAUUUCAUCUGAUCGCUGUUCUGGGCCAAGAGAUAUCUCAUUCGCAGUUCCUUCGGAGAUACCAUGUUCUCAGACUGUUCAUGGACUGUGGUGGCCUUGAAACAUCGGUAUGUGAAGUAAUUAUGACUCCGGCCAAUUUUGCCGGUCCGUCGAACAAGCGCGGCAAUCCAGUGAACAGAUCUGUCGCCGAUGUGACAACGAAGAUGAUGGCAGAAAUAUUCCCAGAGAUUAUUUACCAGACUAGCGAAUACAGAGCAAAGUAUCGGUGGAUCACAGACGUACGAAGACUUGGCAAGAGGCUGCAUCUACUGGAGACGAAAUUUGGUCAAGGUGUUCUGGGUCUUAUCUUAGAUCAAGGUAUCGCCGGUACAGAUACCGGCAUUACUGACGCAAUGAUUAUGUUACCCACUGAUGCCGAGUAUGCAAGGUUUCUUGAGAUAUUGGAUAGGUCUCAGGGAAAUUUGCUUCGAGCUUUCAGUGCGGCAGUAUUGCCCGUUGUGCAAGCUCUGACUAUUGGUACCCCACCUGAGAGAGGGCGUUUCAAGAUGGAAGAUAUUACAACUAACGCCAUCGCGAAGUAUCCUAAGGGUUCACUUGACUUUUUAGAUCUUAUUAGUGAGAUGAGCUAG